AUGUACACCUAUGAUCCAUCGACAAACUUUCACGCUGGAACCUUGACACCUGGCAGCUCCAUGUAUGCCUUGCCUCCGGCUGACCCAUUCCAGCGGACGGAUCCUAUGAUAAUGGGGAACACAAGCACCGAGGAGAAGGAUGCGGAUGGGAAUGAAAAGAAUGGAUCUAAAGCUGAGGAUGAAGAUGAUGGGGCAGAUGAAAUGGAAGAGGAUGGGGAGGAGGAAUAUGAUGGAAAUGGAAAGCGUAAAAAGCGAAAAAGACGAGUUCUUUUUACCAAAGGUCAAACCUACGAACUUGAGCGACGGUUCCGUACCCAAAGGUAAGC